UUUACUUCCUGUUUUCAAUUUUUUCAUGUGACUUUUGAGAAAAUUGGUCUCGACAGUGGGGAAAACUUCAGUGCUGCCACGUCAGGGUUACGGCUCUAGAUAAACACCUGUCAGAAAUCGCCACAUAACCGCUAACGCUAGAGAAGAUAGCAGCCCGGCUUGAGCUUUCUUCAGACAUGGAGAGCAAAUAUAACUUGAAGAGUCCAGCUGUGAAGAGGCUGAUGAAAGAGGCUGCAGAGCUCCGGGAGCCCACAGAACAUUAUCACGCUCAGCCACUGGAGGAUAACCUGUUUGAGUGGCACUUCUCCGUUCGAGGACCUCCAGACUCUGAUUUUGAUGGUGGAGUGUAUCACGGGCGGAUUGUGCUGCCCCCUGAAUACCCCAUGAAGCCCCCCAGCAUCAUUCUGCUCACUCCCAAUGGAAGGUUUGAAGUUGGAAAGAAGAUCUGUCUGAGCAUCUCCGGUCACCAUCCAGAGACAUGGCAGCCAUCAUGGAGUAUUCGGACAGCCUUGAUAGCGAUUAUUGGAUUCAUGCCAACUAAAGGGGAAGGAGCCAUAGGAUCUCUGGAUUACACUCCUGAGGAGAGAAGAGCUCUUGCCAAAAAGUCUGUUGAUUUCUGCUGUGACGCGUGCGGCAGCUGUAUGCGCUCCGCUCUACAAGCGCUCUCUCCUGACAGUGACCUCCGACCUGUUGACCCUCAGGCACACAGACUGGCACAGCAGAUCAACUUUAAGGCUGAUUCCAGCUCAUCGGCUGCAGACAGUGGCAGCUCAGCGGCGGCGGUGGCUUCCAGUGACAGCGAGAGUUCAGCUCUAGCAGAGAGAGACACUGAAGACUCGGCAUCCGCUGAGCAGGCUGAAUCAUCAUCAUCAUCAUCAUCUGUGGCUCCUCAGGCAUCGAGCGAUGGUCCGUCCGUUCCAGCAGCUCCCAGUCCACGUCAGCGGCGCUCGCAGAACCAGAUCCAGUCCCCGAGAUACCCAGCGUUCACAGCAUCCCCCCCUGCUCCACUCCCUCCGCAGGACACCAGUCACACGGGCUCGGCCGUCCUCAUCGUCCUCCUCACACUCGCUCUAGCGGCGCUCAUUUUCCGCAGAAUCUACUUAGCCCACGAGUAUAAGUUUGAUUACGAGCUAUGAACUCCUCCUGCAGCACCUGAAAACCAGCGCUGUCCUUCGGCCCACGUUCAGAUCCAGCUCACCCUCGGUCCGUUAGGACAGGAUGUGUGUUGGUCCUUCCGGACAGAGCUUUGUGUCUUCAGAAGGAUCACUGGAUGUAUUUGUAGAACAAACCUGAAGGGGCCAAUCUCAAUACGCUUGUCCAGAACAUGUCCGGGUCUGAUUUCACCCCCCAAAAUUUAAAAAAAAAAAAAAAUGCUUAUUUAUAUUUUACAAGAAGACAGUGAAGACUUUUUUUUUUUUUUUUUGGACCUUUUAAGGUUUUGUCAUGACAGUUAUCACACUCAAAAAUAUAUAUUCCUAUUAUUACUGUAAUGUGUUCUUAAUACUGUGAUUAUAAAUAUACUAUUUUAACUGUGAAGUAUUUAUGCAUUGUGAUAUUUAUGCAUCAUUAUUGUACUGACUUUUAAUUUAAGAAGAUUAAACAUUUUUUUUAAAAAGCAGUCGUUCUGGACACAUUACUGUAAUGAUAUUGUUUUGCAUGAAAUAAGUCUUCAGGCAUAAUGUUCAUGUUUUCACUUCAGGGUGAAAUCUGACCAAGACCUGUUUUACAAGUGGUUUCCUCAAGAUUAAUAUAUUGUUUAUAAAAGAUUUCCCAAAUAAUUCAUUAAUGAUAAUAAAAAAAACUAUUGUUACAAACACCAAUGUACAAAAUUUGGUCUUAGACUGAAAAAAAAAAAAAAAAACCGUAAGCCGGUUGAAACUGCAGACUGUUUCCCAUUUUUCCAAUUAAAUAUUUACAUACUUUAAAAAUGCUAUAAUAAUGUAGGCAUGGUUGUAAUAUUCUAAACUGUAAAAAAAAAAUGCACAUAGAGAUAGGGUGAUGUCUGUGAAUGAAUGAUUGCUAAUUUUUAGAAAACAUCUAACCAGUUGCAAUUUAUAGUGUUUUUAUUUUUUACCAGUACACAUCUUAAAACUCUGGAAUUUAAAUAUAGUUACAUUAUAAACAUGAAUCACUGCUGUAGACAUAAUCAAUGUCGUCCUUGUGUGGAUAGACAACUAACACAUAAUUCGUUUUUAAUUCCUAAGCAACCACCUGUAGUUUGUUUAGAUUGUUUACAUGGACAAUUAAUGAAAUAAACCAGAUUCAGCCAUAA